AUGCUGACUGCUGUGCUGCUUACCUGUGCCCUGCUGCUGGCAUUGCCUGCCAUGCAGGGUGCUCAGAUGGGCUUGGCACCCUUGGAGGGCAUCAGAAAGCCUGACCAGGCCCUGUUCCCAGAGUUCCCAGGCCUAGGCCUGCGAGCCCAGCUGAAGAGCACAGCUGCAGAUCAGACAGGAGCUGCUCUGCUGCAAAAGGCAGAAGCUCUGGCAGAGGUGCUAGACCCACAGAACCGCGAGUCUCGCUCUCCGCGCCGCUGCGUACGGCUGCACGAGUCCUGCCUGGGACAGCAGGUACCGUGCUGCGACCCUUGCGCCACAUGCUACUGCCGCUUCUUCAACGCCUUCUGCUACUGUCGGAAGCUGGGUACAGCCGCGAACCCCUGCAGCCGCACCUAA